AUGCCUUCUCUUCUAGCUCUCAAUUGCACCUCACAACAUAAACAGACCUUCAUACCCAAUAAAUCCAUCACAUCCUUCUUUGAUAUUCUAAUCUCUACUAUAAAUGCAACCCGAUUGGUGGCCUUCAAAGUCGGAACCAGACCAGAUCCUUUUGAUGGGUUCAUGCAAUGCCGGCUUGAUCUCUCGUUCACUGCCUGUGCCUUGUGUGCUCGAGUUGCUAAGGAUACCAUCUCCACAUUAUGCCCCAACCCAGAAUCUGUUACUGCUUGGUUCAAUGGUUGUUACAUCCAGUACUACAACGACUCCAAAUUCUCUCAAGCAGUCCAAGUUUUCUCAUCCACAUCAAAUAAACAGAGUAAGAUUAUUGAAAUGGGUCGUUUCGAAGUUGCUCUGGAAAUCCUGCUUUUACAGUUAAGGGCUUCAAUCACUGUGGCUUCACACCUUGGUUUUUCAAGAGGGGAGAUUGUUUAUGGAAGAAAUGAAAGUAGAAUUUAUGCAGUUGCAGAAUGUGUUCGAUUAGUUUCUCUGAGAGAUUGUGAAAUUUGUGUGGGUGAUGGGAUAAAGAAGCUUCAUGAAUGUUGCGGAGGUAAGGUGGGAGGAGUAGUUGUUGCUGGGCAUUGUAUGGUUCAGUUUGAGGUUUAUCAGUUUUUCUCACGUUCUAUAACGUAUGGCAAUACUACUGGGUCAGAUUCUGAAGGAGAAACACGAGUUGUUAGUUACAAGGAAAGGGAGAAUGAUGGUAGUUCUGGUUUCCGUUUGAAAGUAGUUCGGGCUUGGGGUGUUGGAGCUGUUCUUUUUAUGGGGAUUAUUGUUGGAGCUUGGCUAUUGAAAAGAAAGAUUGUAAAUACUGCUAAGGUAGCAGAGGUUAAGUGA